AUGGCGGAACAUUUAUAUUUGAGAGCGGGGAAACUGUGGAAUGAGGGAAACUUUGUAGAUUGUGGGACAAUUUGCCGUCAAUUGCUGUUAGUCUUUCAAACAGCAGAACAUACACCAAUAGAGAAAGCACAUGCACUCAAUAUGUUGGGAAAGUGUCUAUAUUUCCAACAUAAAGUGAAUGACGCCGUAAAGUUUACGGAACAAAGUUUGUCUAUUGUACGAGAUAUUACACCUCAACAUGAAGAGUUUCUGUCUAAUGUGUUACACAAUAUGGGAGUGUAUCUAUACGAUGAGGGCAAAUAUGUAAGAGCAACAGAACAUCUAAGAGAGUCACUCAACAUCAAGCGUAGAUUGUCUUCUGUGAACAAAGUCAACAUGGCAUACACUUGUGCUGAUUUAUCACGUUGUCUUCUCUCUCAAUGUCUAACACAAGAAGCAGAAGAUGUGAUGAGAGAAGGUUAUGGUUUAUCUUUCGGCACAGAUGACAACUAUAGUAAAGCAGAAGCUGCUACUCUAUUGGCUUAUGCAAUUCAACUAAAUGAAGGAACAGAAGAGGAAGUGAAAAAAUUGUUACAACAGGCUGAUGGAUGGAUUCAAAUGGGAGAAGGACGAGGCAAAGCAGAAGUGUUGAGUGAAAUGGGAGAAGUAUUGGUGAUAAGGGGUGACUACAAGCGUGCCAAUAGGAUACUACAAGAAGCAGCAACAAUACAAAGACACUUUUUACCAACCAACCAUUGGGAGACUGCUAUAACUCUUUGUCGUAUGGCAGAGUGUCAAUUGAAACAAGACCAACUUAUGGAUGCUUUACAGUUGUUCCACGAAUCAUCAGAAAUGAUGAGCAAAGCAAUGGGUAUGGAACACCCAAUAAGAGGAAGAAGUUUAUUUGGUGUUGCUAAAGUUCUUGUAAGACAACAGAAGUGGGAAGAAACAGAAAGGAUCUUGAAGGAAAGUGUCAGCAUUUUGGGUGUGACUCUAGGGUACCUGCACCCCACAACAAGUGCAGCAAUUCGAGAUCUGAACUAUUGCUUACGAAUGCUAAAGAAAGAUCAAGAAGCAGUCGACAUUUUGCAACAACAUCAACGAGCUGUUUCUUAUCAUCAAGUCGAGCAUCAGGCAAGUGCAUUUCAAGUUGAUGAUUUACAAAGAGAGUUGGAGCAGCUCAGAGAAAGCAAUCGAGCCAUUCAAGCAGAGAAAUCUGCUUUACAGCAGCAAUUGGCUGAUCAGGAGGCUGUAACUCGUACCAUCACUGAGGAGAAUGAACGUCAAGUGGGAGAAGUAAGGAGAUUGCUGCAGAUUCUCCAGCAGUGUGAUGAAGACAUCAAACAAUUGCAAACAGCAGUUCAUGAUCAGGAACAUCUUGCAGCACAGAAACAGAGAGAAGCAAAUCAUCUACAGCAGGAAAUCACGAGAAUGACAAGCGAACUAGAUGACAAAGAGGGACAACUGCAACAACAAGGAGAAGUAUUGGAUGAUAUGAGAAGCACAAUAGAAGAACAGAGAAGAGAAAUUGAUGUUUUGAGGCACGAGGUACAAGAGAAGCACACGACUAAUGAACGUCUGGCAAGAGACGUGCAACGAAGUGAAAGAGCAAUGCAGCAGCUGGAGCGACUUCAACAUCAAUAUGACAGCGUUAUACAGAUCCAUGAUGACAGUGUACACAUGACUGGAUUAAAGUUGGGAAAAGGAGCUUAUGGAGAGGUUGGUGUUGGCAUGUGGAGUGGUGUAGCAGUUGCUGUCAAGACAUUUUAUGAAGAACCGGUUAGAGUAACUGAUUUCAAUAUUUCAUUGAUUCGACGUGAAGUGUCGGUGUCCAGUCGUGUCCAUCACUCCAAUGUCGUAUCCAUCUGUGGAGCUAUCGUUAAGAAUAGAGUUCCUCUUCGUAUCGUCAUGGAGCUUUUGGAAGGAUCACUGAAAGAUGUGAUCAAUGCUGCCAUUGAAAGCAGAUAUCUGUCCAUGAGGGAACAAGUAGAUAUAGCUGUGGGAUGUCUGUGUGGUGUGAUGUAUCUUCACCAGCUGCAGCCUGCUCUUCUUCAUGGAGACAUUCGCUCUACCAACAUUCUCAUCAGCAAGACCAUGCAAGCCAAAAUCGGUGAUCUGGGCUCUUGUCGCUUCUCAAACGAGUCACUUUCUGCUGGUCCUCUCAGUCCAGAAUACAUUGCACCUGAACAAGUUGUGCAAGAUGGUGCAGCGACCCCACGCAACACAACACAAGCCGACAUGUACAGCUUGGGAGUCACGUUUGUUGAGUUAUUCACAGGAGUUGCUACAGAGAGGAAAGUGCGUGAGAGGCAGUUUCAAGCUGUUCUUUAUGUUCCACUGCAGGACAUUUGCUAUGCUAUGGCAGAAGAGAAUCCACGCGAUCGCAUUUCUGCAGCAGCAGCUCUCAUGCAAGUGAAUGCAGUGAAGCAGAAUGAUGAGUACACUUCAUGUCCUCCCAAAAGGAUGGUGAAAGGCAAGAAACGCAAAGAAGACAAAGUGACACUCGUAGAGAUGCCGUGGAUGUGACUUAGGAGCAGAUAAUUGUGAUGUAUUUGUUUGUCUGUUUGUCUCAAUUCAUCUAACUUUGCUGCUUGUUAUAAAUGCAAUAGAUGAUGUUGCAUGUGUGUAGUCUGCUGUGCAAUAUGAGUUGACAUUGAACUUUUUGAUAGUCUAGCAGUCAGUCUCACAGUUUUUACAGUUUGUGUUGAUGUGAACUACAGUAAAACGUUUGACUGUAAGUACAGCUUUUUAUAGACAUUUAAAUGUUGUUUGUCAGUUGUGUAUGUCAAUGCUGCAGCUAAGUGUCAGUCUAUUGUGAUUUAAAUGAUACAACUUGCUUAUUCAACUUGAACGUUUGUCUGUACAUUCUAAUAGAUAAUAGGCAAUACACACAACCUGUGACGAGAAAACUGUUGGGAAGUUGUGGUUGUGCUGAUGGUAGCAUCAGCUUGUAGUCUGUCCAUGUUUCUUUCCAUGUGUCUGUCUAAUAAUCAAGAUGUUUCCCACUUCUUAUUCACCAACGUCUUGCAACCUACAAACCCAGCAUGUCAAUCAGCAAUGAUUAUUAAUAUCA